GAGGGAGCGUGUCACGCGGGGGCGCCCGCUCGCUCCCUCGCUUGGCGUGGUAGUGCCAGCUCGCGCCUCGCACCUUAACGCACGCCACCCACCGCCACCUACUCGCCUGCUCCUUUACUCGGCGCCGUGCCUGGCAGUUAACGGCCGGCCGCUUAAACUACUGCUCCUACCAGCGGCGGCAGCAGCAGUGCAGAUGCUAAUGCUGCGCCGGCGUGCGGUGGCACAGCGCGGCCUGUCGCGAUGACGCGCUCCUCCCGGGCAGCCGCCGCCGCCGCCGCGGCGGCGCUUCUCCUGGCCGCGCUGCUGCUGGUGCUGCCGCAUUGGGCCGGCGCCGCCACGGACGCCGAGCGCCGGGCGCUGCUGGACUUCAAGGCCGCCAUCACCGCGGACCCGGCCGGGGUGCUCGCGACGUGGACGCCGUCGGGGGACCCCUGCACCUUCUUCGGGGUCACCUGCGGCCCGGCCUCCGGCCCCGUGCAGCGCCUGCGCAUCCACGGCGCGGGCCUCGCCGGCGCGCUCGCGCCCGCCCUCGCGCGCCUCCCCGCGCUCGAGUCCAUCUCGCUCUUCGGCAACCGCCUCGCCGGCGGCGUCCCGCCCGGCCUCCGCGCGCUCGCGCCCACGCUCCGCAAACUCAACCUCAGCCGGAACGCGCUCGCCGGCGAGAUCCCGCCCUUCCUCGGCGCCUUCCCCUGGCUCCGCCUGCUCGACCUCUCCUACAACGCCUUCGCCGGCAAGAUCCCCGCCGCGCUCUUCGACCCCUGCCUCCGCCUCCGCUACGUCUCGCUCGCGCACAACAACCUCACCGGCCCCGUCCCGCCCGGCAUUGCCAAAUGCUCGCGCCUCGCCGGGUUCGACUUCUCCUACAACCGCCUCUCCGGCGAGUUCCCGGAUCAGGUCUGCGCGCCGCCGGAGAUGAACUACAUCUCCGUCCGAAGCAACUCGCUCUCCGGCGAUUUAGCCGCCAAGCUCACCUCUUGUAGCAGCAUUGACCUCUUCGACGUCGGGAGCAACCGCUUCUCCGGAGCUGCGCCCUUCGCCCUCCUCGCCACGGUAAACAUCACCUACUUCAACGUCUCCUCCAACGCCUUCGAUGGCGAAAUUCCCAGCAUUGCAACUUGCGGCAGCAAAUUCUCCUACUUUGACGCGUCCGGCAACCGGCUCACGGGGCCGGUGCCCGAGAGCGUCGUCAAUUGCCGCAACCUCAGGGUUUUGGAUUUGGGGGCGAAUGCUCUUGCUGGAGUUGUGCCACCUGUGAUUGGGACACUGCGGUCACUCUCCGUGCUCCGGCUCGCCGGCAACGCCGGCAUUUCCGGUCCGAUCCCAGCUGAGCUUGGUGGGAUUGAGAUGCUUGUCACACUCGACCUCGCCGGCCUUGCUCUCACAGGAGAGAUUCCAGGGUCCCUCAGCCAGUGCCAAUUCUUGCUUGAGCUGAAUCUUUCUGGCAACAAACUGCAAGGGGCGAUCCCAAGCACACUCAACAACUUAACUUACCUAAAGAUGCUUGACCUCCACAGGAACCAGCUUGAUGGGGGCAUUCCCGUGACACUUGGGCAGCUCACAAACCUUGUUCUCCUAGACCUCUCCGAGAAUCAACUGACCGGGCCAAUCCCUCAAGAGCUUGGAAACCUCUCUAACCUUACGCAUUUUAAUGUGUCCUUCAAUAACUUGUCUGGCAUGAUCCCUUUAGUGCCGGUCAUACAGAAUUUUGAUUCCACUGCAUUCAUGGGCAACCCGUUGCUAUGCGGCCCUCCAUUGAACAAUCUCUGUGGGGGGAAGGGGCACCGGAAACGAUUGGGUGUGCCUAUCAUAAUUGCAAUUGUUGCAGCAGCCCUCAUACUUAUCGGGAUAUGCAUUGUUUGUGCGUUGAACAUCAAGGCUUAUACACGCAAGAGUAGAGAUGAGGAGGUCAGUAAGGAAGAGGAAGAGGUUCUAGUGUCUGAGAGCACCCCAAUUGCAUCACCAGGCUCAAAUGCGAUCAUCGGAAAGUUGGUGCUUUUCAGCAAGAGCUUGCCUUCAAGAUAUGAAGAUUGGGAAACCGGAACUAAGGCGCUGCUUGAUAAAGAUUGUCUCAUCGGUGGUGGGUCAAUCGGUACGGUGUACAAAGCCACUUUUGAAAACGGCCUAUCCAUUGCUGUGAAGAAAUUGGAGACCCUAGGGAGGGUGAGAGACCAGGAUGAGUUUGAGCAUGAGAUGAGCCAACUUGGUAACCUCAGCCACCCCAAUUUGGUUGCUUUCCAGGGUUACUAUUGGUCAUCCUCAAUGCAGUUGCUUCUGUCCGAAUUUAUGGCCAACGGGAGUUUGUAUGACCAUCUCCAUGGGAACCGUCCUUAUGGUUUCUCCGAGAGCAGCAGCAGAGGUGGUGGAGGUGAGCUGCCUUGGGAACGGAGGUUCAACAUUGCACUUGGAGCGGCACGGGCGCUUGCUUACCUUCACCAUGACUGCCGGCCACAGAUCCUGCAUCUCAAUAUCAAAUCCUCCAACAUAAUGUUAGAUGGGAAAUAUGAAGCUAAGCUGGCUGAUUAUGGAUUGGGGAAGCUAUUACCAAUUCUAGGAAGCAUUGAGUUGAGUAGAAUUCACGCCGCCAUUGGAUAUAUUGCGCCAGAGCUAGCAUCUCCAAGUUUGAGAUAUAGUGAUAAAAGUGAUGUAUUUAGCUUUGGGGUGGUUUUACUUGAGAUUGUGACAGGGAGGAAACCAGUAGACAGCCCUGGGAUAGCUACUGCAGUGGUUCUGCGUGAUUAUGUUAGGGAGAUCUUGGAGGAUGGAACUGCAUCAGACUGCUUUGAUCGAAACCUGAGGGGAUUUGUUGAAGCCGAACUGGUUCAGGUGCUCAAGUUGGGUCUAGUGUGCACUUCCAACACACCAUCAAGCCGGCCUAGCAUGGCAGAGGUGGUACAGUUCUUGGAGUCGGUUAGAAAUAGUUCUUGAUCUUCUGCUGUCAGAACAUAGUAGAUGAAUGAAUAGGAGGUAACAGGAAAGGUGUUUAUGAUUUUUUUCAACAGAUGAAGAUCACAUUCUUUUUUUUUAUUCUUUACUGUGGUCAGUUUCAUUUGUAAAUUGUAUUUAGAUUUGUUUCUGAAUAAGUGAUUAUUUUGGUCAAAUUACCAAUUCCCUGUUCAUGGUUUCAUCCUUUCGGCUUUCUGUCCCUAUAGUCCACUUUUUAACCAUGAAUAAAUGCAAAUGCAAGAGCAGUUGGUGAGAUCUGAGGACUUUCAUUUUUUAUUCUUCACGGUCAGAGCUAAAGAGGAGUUGGUAUUGUCUAAUUGUAUUUCUAGCUUGCAGGUAUAGCAAAGGAAUAGUUGAACAAGAGCAUUGUGAUGCUGGAGCAGCUCAUCUAACUCACAAGCUCUCGUACAUAUAUCGGCAGGGCAAGCAAGAUCUGCAACACCACAGCACAACACAAAUUUCAUCCCCAAACCAAGUACCUCAAAAUGGAUGGGGAGCUUGAACUGCCUGAAUUCAACCCUCGGGAACGUGUGAAGCAGCAGAUUUCAGUCCCAUUUCUCUGGGAGGUGAAACCUGGCGCGCCCAAAAGGGACUGGGUCAUUGCCAAGCCAGUGCCAGCAGUGAGUGCAUGCCCAUCCCCGGCUCCGACAAAGCUUGUUGUGAGCAUGCCAUUCCAGUGGGAAGAAAAGCCUGGGAAGCCUAUACAAGAAGCAUCUCCCUUUCAUGUGCUCCCUGACCAUGGUGGCUUUUGAGCAUCUUCCGGCUCACUGAACCCUUUUGCGGUCGAGAGCGAGGAGGAAUACUCGCUUGGUUUUGAUCUGGAAGCAUUUGGUUUUCCAGACAACAACGACACUUCUGGUGCUGCAGCAGCAGUAUGGGCAGAUGGCUUCUCCGGCCGUGGUGACGCUUGGUUCUCGUUUUCAGAGUCAGAAGAUUACAGCCACUCCAGUGGUGAUACUUCAGUCCAGGAACAGGAGUUUCAGUUUCCCCGGGCACCUUCAGAGAAGAGCUGGGAGGUGGCCAACGACGAGGAUCAGCUGACCAAUCCUUGGAGCCCUCCGAGGAGCGCAGUGACGACAUUGGAGGAGCUUAUGGUGCUCAGCCGGAGACUGAGGUGCGGACAAGGGCUGCCAGUUGAUGUCGGCAAGAAGAGCCUCUCCUCCGUGGAGCUCGUUAAGAAGUUUUUAAUCGUGUGCUCUUAGCCGAACGGCUCCGGGGUUGCUGCACAUGGCCGAACGGUACAGCGUGCACGUGAGACCAUAAUGGCGGAGGCAUGGCAAAGUGGUGCGUUCGAGGGUAGAAAGCCUAGCUGUCCGGUGACUGGUGUUGUACUGUCGUCUCGUGAAAAUCUUGGUCUCUGUUGUGAUUUGUGAACGGUGUUCAAGAGAAACACUGAUUUUUUUUUUGUACUACAAAUCCGGAAGACAUUUUCCAUUGUUUGUACAUCUUAUCACUCUUUCAUGUGAUACGGAGCUAGCGGGUAUUGAAUGCAAGUUGUGAUAUUAGUGAACUUUCA